AUGUCUUUCCUCGUUGCACUUUUCAUUUGCCUCUCACUGAAAUUUAGGUCUUCUGUGCUCUCAUUAUUGGAGCUAGAGAGGUACCAGUCGUCGUUUCCAACUACAAAAACUUCGCCGUGGAUGGUUGUUUCACGUAUGCCCUACCCUCCACCAACAACGCUUUCCUUCAACCAGUUCAGCACCUUCACAAGUACAACCGUUGAAAACUGCAUCAACGUAUGCUCGGCCGCCAAUUACAUUCGAGCAGGGCUCGUAGCAGGAUCCCAAUGCUGGUGCGGGAACGUUAUCAAACCAGGGAAUUCCGGCGUCAGUGAGGGCCUUUGCUCUGCCGCUUGUACGGGGAACGCGACUGAGGUAUGUGGAGUUGCUCAUGUUCGGCUAUGUAGAGACAUCCCCUCCGCUCGUACACUGCAUCAUUUGGAAGAACGCUCGGAUUCAAUGACGGUUCAACGUUGCCUCGACGCUUGCCUUGCGCAAGACUUUGCACUCGCUGGUUUGGAGUACGGCUCGGAAUGCUGGUGCGGAAACGCAGACAUGUAUGGCCGUCACCGCAUCACGCCAGCUUCCUCUGCCUGCAACUUCCCAUGUGCAGGUAACCCCGUGCAGAUCUGUGGUGGAGCGAACGGGUUGAAUAUAUAUGAUCGGAGUGGGAAAGGUCUGACCGUUGGACCUCCCUCGCCGUUCACGUCCCCGUAUAACAAUACGUGGUUCUUCAACGCCUGUGUGAAAUGCGCUGCGGACGGGUGGAAAGUCGCUGGAGUCGAGGACGGGCAAGAAUGUUGGUGUGGAAGUCCACCAGGCCGUUUACCAACUUCGAUUUUGGCCCCUCUAAGUGACUGCGUUGAGGAAGGGGGUGUCGUUCUUGUCAGCGCUUUUCGGUUCAGAAAGCGUAUGUUUUUUGGGAGGCUGACUCCCGGAUUAACAUGA